CGACAUCAUUGUUGAGUGAUCGUUCGUCGCCCUCGUGUCGAGGAGAGACGCCGUUUCAUAUUAUUGUGAAAGCAUAGCAAGCAAAUUCCUCAAAUAUGCCUCAGAAUGAGUAUAUGGAACUCCACCGGAAGCGGUACGGCUACCGGUUGGACUACCAUGAGAGAAAACGGAAGAAGGAGGCUCGAGAACCUCACGAGAGAGCCAAGAAAGCCAAGAUGCUGACUGGUAUCAAGGCCAAGUUAUACAACAAGAAGAGACAUGCAGAAAAGAUACAGAUGAAGAAGACUAUCAAAAUGCACGAAGAGAAACUCAACAAGAAGCGUAAGACGGACGAGGUGCCAGAGGGCGCUGUUCCCGCGUACCUGCUGGAUCGCGAGGGCCAAUCACGAGCCAAGGUCCUCUCCAACAUGGUCAAACAGAAGAGGAAAGAGAAGGCCGGCAAGUGGGACGUCCCCAUCCCCAAGGUACGAGGCGUGUCCGAGCAGGAAGUCUUCAAAGUGCUCAAGACGGGCAAGAGGAAAGGUAAAGCGUGGAAGCGGAUGGUCACCAAAGUUUGUUACGUUGGCGAGGGAUUCACAAGAAAGCCGCCCAAAUAUGAGCGCUUCAUCCGACCAAUGGGUCUACGUUUCAAGAAGGCUCACGUUACGCAUCCGGAACUGAAAGCAACGUUCUACCUUCCCAUUAUUGGAGUUAAGAAAAACCCAAACUCACCUCUGUACACACAACUAGGGGUCAUCACCAAGGGAACCAUUGUAGAGGUCAAUGUGAGUGAACUAGGUCUGGUUACACAAGGAGGCAAGGUGGUUUGGGGUAAAUACGCACAAGUAACAAACAACCCAGAGAAUGACGGCUGCAUCAAUGCUGUCUUACUAGUAUAAACAGAUCCCAGAGACUGACUGUAGCAUGUUCAGAUUGGACAAUGGACUCUGUGCAUGGACUCACGAGGGCGCCCUCCAGGGCGAAGCGAGAACCCUGGAGCACACUACCAAUCUCAGAUCUUGCAAAUGGCGUAACAUGUACAUAAGCCAGUACUUCUGACAAACUUAGUUGGUUUGUAUUAUUGCCAAUGUCUGGAGUGAGAUUGCGGAAAUACGAAAAAAAUCUGCGAGAUAAUCUGCAGAGAGUUCGAGGGUCGCCAAGGGUCCUGGAGCAACGUAGGGUCUAUGAUAUAUGCAGGCAUGCAACUUUUCCUCGGAUCCGCUGAUUUCCUCGUUUUUUUUAUUUCUCAUGAAUGCCAUUACAAAUUGAAAAACACUGUACAAAGUCUUGUGUGGUUUGGAGUUUCCUCGGUUUUUUUCUACAUUCCCAGUUGCAUGCCUGUAUGUGUUUGUAUUUGCCUACAGGCAUCCCUUAAAAUACCAAUUUUUUUUGUUUUGUAUAAAUCUUUAACGGUAAAAACACCUUUACAUAGAACCUCAGGCAUUCUAGAUUUCAAAAGGGAUUUGUAUUACAAAUUCUGAAAUUAGGAAAGAUUCCGAGAAAAAAUCUUGAAUCAGGAAAAAUCCUGACAAAUCUUAUACCUGCAGUAUUUUUGUCUCGGGAAAGCUAAUGUACUGCAGAAUAUAAAUUUUUGAAGAGCCCUUAUUCAAGUCAAAUUUGCAGUCACCAUUAUCAAGCGACUUUUUUUUAACUUUGCUUUGGUCGUCUAUGGAUGUUCUCCCAUUUGGAUGUUAUGAUAUCCAAGAUUGGAAAGAAUUCCAUACCUGGACAUCACUUGACACCCUGUGCACAAACCCUAUGAGACUGGUCUGAAAAACUCAAAGUGCUUUCUCAAUAUUUUCCCAAAUAAAUUUGACUUUUUAGGACAUGUUAUUGCUUUCUGAAAAAUUAGUGAUGUCCAUGUGUGGAAUUCUUUCCCCAAGAUUUCUUCAUCAAUGAUGGGUUGAUUCUGAAGACAAAUUUGGUUGAUUCCAUGAGGCAGAGGACUUGUAAUAAACAUGUAUAGCCUGUGAUUGAUAGAACUCUAUGAUGGUGAUCUAAUCUAGGGAUGUAGUCGAAUCCAUCACAAGUCCAGUCACAAGUAAAUCACAAGUCUAAUUGCAAGAAACAGUGGAUGAACAACAAGGAAUGCCUUUUUCAAAGCUCUUUUGAAUAGCUUGUGAUUUGAAGUUGGACUGGAGGACUUGUGAUGGACUUGUGGUGGACUUGACAUCAUCCCUUAUCUAAACCACAAAGCAUACACCAGGGAAGCCCAGUAUUCAAAUUCAGACACAAAAUCCACAUUUUUGUUUAAUUUAAAGCAAACUGAACUCUAAAAUAUCAGGCAUCUU